AAAAAAAAUUAAUUUUUAUUGGCAUAAAAUAAUUUGAAAAUAUUUUAACUGUAAGUUUAAAAAAAAGUUUAAAUGCUAUCGAUUUGACUAGCCACUUUUUGAAUCGAUUUAAUCAAUUUUUAUUUGAGAAAUGGAUUUUUCCUUUUUAAGCAGUAUUGGCAUUUUUCAACUAUCGGCAUGGAAAGAUAUUUAUGUAUUUAUUUUUUAAAUAAAAUAUUGAAUUAGAUAUUAAUUUAUAUAAAUAUUAUUUUUUAAUAAUUUGUGAACUUUUUCCUUUUAUUAAUUAAAAAAGAAUUCUCGCAAUCUAAUGUGGGAUAUUGUCAUUCAUCGAAAACUUUUCCAAGAAUUGGAAAUUCUGAAGGUCAGAGAUUUUGAGCUCUGAAUUUGAUGGUGGUAAUUUAAAACUUCCUUCUUCUAAUCGUGCAAAGAGUCUUCACAUGUAGAGAAAUACAGGAAAAAAAAAGAAAAACUAAUCACUCUUCAGAAUCAUCUGAAUUAGAUUAUUGCAAUUAGUGGACAAAGUUUUAGUGAGAUUAUUGCAAUUAGUGUAUCUUUCCCAGACUAUAAACUCAAUCAGCUCUAAUUUAAUCGGGUUGACAAAGAUUAUCUUCGGCCAUGUUUUAAGAGAAGCAAAUUCUAUCGCAGAUUUGUCCUUUCAUUGCUUUGGUCUGGGGCCCUUGACUGGUUGUCGCAUCUUAUCCAAUCCUAGGAUUUUGUGGCAAAUCGAAGAUCAAUGAGUGCAAUAGGAAGUGAUUUGAAGAGAUUUGGAGUUCUUUAAGCAUGGAGGAAAGUUGAAGAAAUCAAGCCUUGAAAGAGCAAACCAGCCGAAAUUUGCUUGAGACUUUGCUUAAGAUCAUGCUUAGGGUAAAGCGGUAGUGCUUAAGGUGCAGCACAAGUCAAGCAUGAGCAGAAAAGUCCAUUUUACUCUAAGUCUGCCGAGAUUUGCUGAAGGUCUGCUUAACCUAAGGCAUAAAGGCGACUGUGAAAUCUGCUAAAAGUCGCUUAGGGUUAAGCCGAACCCUAAGCAGACUGCCCAGAACGUGAAAGAUGCUGCUGACUUGGAUAAUUUUACACCUCAUUUCCUACCCACUCCUUGGCUCUUAUUUACUUUUAGGGCAACUUUUUGGGACCAUAUAAAUUCAUCAUUUCCUUAUUUUUGCCACAAGAGGAAAGAAAGGAAAGACAAAAAGGAAAGAAAAUUUAAUAGAGAGAGAGAGGAGACGCCAUUUUGUCUUCGAGGAGGAGCUGCUGCAUCAGUUUUGGAGCUCCAGAAACCAGAGAUUUUGGUUCUUCUACCUGGGUUUUUCUAUUUUAGUCCUUUUAUCAUGUUUUUCUUUACUUUUCCAUCAACCUUUCUUGCAAAUACCAUCAUGAGUGAGUAAUCUCUUUAGAUUUCAGAGUUGGGAAAUAUGUUUUAGAUUAAUUUGUGGAUUUGGACUGGGUAUUUCCUUAUUUUACAUAAAUAUGAGUUUUGAUUCCUUCCUUGUGUGCUUGAUUUACUUGCCUAAUGUUGGUACCCAUUGGGUAUUGUGUUAAUCUUUGAUUGAAGCACCGAAAGGUGAAAGUCAUUGAUAGAUAAUCAAGGAUUGGAACUUAAAAUCACCUAGAUUUAGAAAUAAACUAGGAUUUUAAGAGGAAUUAAUUAUUGGUUACAAAACUUAAUGGGUUUUAAAGUAAUCAAAUAACAUACGAAAGUAGGUUUGGUUAUUUUAGAACACACUUUGGUUUGCUUGAAAAAGAUAUCAAAGGAAUUUAGAAUCAAUUUCCUUCAAACUCUAUUUUUCCCUAAAAAUUGGAAUGCCCAAGACAAAUCCCAAUUAAUUUAUGCAUAAACCCCCAACUCUGGAAUCACUUUUAGCAUAAUUAGACUUUGACUUGAAUUAUCCAUUGUUAAUUUAGUUUAAUUGCAAACUAGAUCUAGAAUUUAUUUGUUGCCCUUUUACCUAUUCCAAUUAGAUUAAUCAAUUUACCUUGCUCAUUUACAUUUACCAUUUAUUCAUUAAUCAUUAGCCCAAAUAAUCGCUUCAUUCAUAGUUUGGUACCUAAACAGCAAAUCCUCAUGGGAACGAUACUUGAUUCAUCACUUUAUUACUUGAGACGUCUCGUAUACUUGCGGAUUCCCCUAAUCAAGUUUUUGGCACCGUUACCGGGGAUUUGAUUUUUGUUUGAUAUUGAACAAUUGUUUGUUUGGUUAAUUUGGGCACUUUAUUUUAUUUUCUUUUUACCAUUUUACUUUGAGAAUUUGUUUAUUUUGUUUUUCAGGUGCUUUAUUUUAUGAGAAGGACAAAAAGUGAAGAAAUCAAUUUAUUCUUUGACCCAGAAAUAGAAAAGACAGCAAAAGCUUUAAGAGCAGAAUCUAAGAGGAGAAAAGCUGAAAUUAAAGCUCAACAACAACAAGAAAGAGCACAAGAGCAAGAGGAAUUACAAGAAGAAAUGGCCAACAACAAUAACAACCGCUCUGUGAAGGAUCAUGCCUAUCCUAACAUUGGAGAUUUCAUGCCAAGUAUCACAAGACCAAGGGUAGAAGCUAAUAAUUUUGAACUGAAGCCUGCACUUUGUCAGAUGGUACAACAAUCACAAUUUGGAAGAAAUCCAAGUGAAAGCCCACAUGUGCAUCUAGCACACUUUCUUGACAUCAGUGAUAUGUUGAAGAUAAAUGGAGUUUUUGAUGAUGCAAUUCAACUUAGAUUAUUUCCUUUUUCUCUGAAGGACCGAGCUAGAAAGUGGUUACAUUCUUUGCCACCGGGUUCUAUCACAACAUGGGAUGAACUUUCUCAAGCAUUUUUAGCUCAAUAUUUUCCACCAAGCAAGACAGCUAAGCUAAGAAAUGAGCUGACUUCUUUCAAACCUAGAGAUGAUGAGAGCUUGUAUGAAGCAUGGGAGAGGUACAGGGAUUUGCAAAGGAGAUGUCCACAUCAUGGGAUUCCUAAGUGGAUGCUUGUUCAACACUUUUACAAUGGAGUUUCACCAGCUAUUAGAAGUACAAUUGAUGCAUCUUCUGGAGGUGAUCUUAUGGAGAAAUCUGAAGAUGAAGCUUUUUCUGCUCUUGAUAAAAUUGCUUAUAACAACUACUAA